AUGCUUAAUCUGUCUCUCUCUCUCACUUUCUCCUUGUGCCGUCUCUCUCUCUCACUUUCUCCUUGUGCCGUCUCUCUCUCUCACUUUCUCCUUGUGCCGUCUCUCUCUCUCACUUUCUCCUUGUGCCGUCUCUCUCUCUCUCACUUUCUCCUUGUGCCGUCUCUCUCUCUCUCACUUUCUCCUUGUGCCGUCUCUCUCUCUCUCACUUUCCCCUUGUUCCGUCUCUCACUCUCUCUCUCUCACUUUCCCCUUGUUCCGUCUCUCACUCUCUCUCUCUCACUUUCCCCUUGUUCCGUCUCUCACUCUCUCUCUCUCACUUUCCCCUUGUGUCGUCUCUCACUCUCUCUCUCUCACAUUCCCCUUGUGCCGUCUCUCCUCUCUCUCUCACUUUCCCCUUGUGCCGUCUCUCUCUCUCUCUCAUUCCCCUUGUGCCCUCUCUCUCUCACAUUCCCCUUGUGCGUCUCUCUCUCUCUCUCCACAUUCCCCUUGUGCCGUCUCUCUCUCUCUCUCACAUUCCCCUUGUGCCGUCUCUCUCUCUCUCUCGCUUUCCCCUUGUGCCGUCUCUCUCUCUCUCUCCACUUUCCCCUUGUGCCGUCUCUCUCUCUCUCUCUCUUUCCCCUUGUGCCAUCUCUCUCUCUCUCUCUCACUUUCCCCUUGUGCCGUCUCUCUCUCUCACUUUCCCCUUGUGCCGUCUCUCUCUCUCACUUUCCCCUUGUGCCGUCUCUCUCUCUCACUUUCCCCUUGUGCCCGUCUCUCUCUCUCUCACUUUCCCCUUGUGCCCGUCUCUCUCUCUCUCCUUUCCCCUUGUGCCGUCUCUCUCUCUCUCACUUUCCCCUUGUGCCGUCUCUCUCUCUCUCACUUUCCCCUUGUGCCGUCUCUCUCUCUCACUUUCCCCUUGUGCCGUCUCUCUCUCUCUCACUUUCCCCUUGUGCCGUCUCUCUCUCUCACUUUCCCCUUGUGCCGUCUCUCUCUCUCUCACUUUCCCCUUGUGCCGUCUCUCUCUCUCUCACUUUCCCCUUGUGCCUCUCUCUCUCUCUCUCACCCUCCUGUGCUGUCUCUCUCUCUCUCUCUCUCACCCUCCCGUGCCGUCUCUCCCUCUCUCUCUCACCCUCCCGUGCCGUCUCUCCCUCUCUCUCACUCCCCCUUCACUCCCCCCCUGUGCCGUCUCUCUCUCUCUCUCUCACACUUUUUCUCCUCUCUCCGUCUGGGGAUUACCAGUUGACAGUUUAA